CAGCGCACCGAGUGGACAUUUUGGUCUUUGUCCGCGGGUCAGUCCGGCCCCUGGGUCCACGUGGCGUGAAAAUAGGAGAUGGAAAUUCAUUCUUCAAAUGUACCUGAAUUUACAUUAAGUUGUACAGGGUCGCCUCCUUGUGCAUUCCUGGAGACUGCACCUUCCUCAUCCUUCAGAAGGCCAGGAGGCCCCAGGGCUCGGCCUGAGUUCUAGGACAGAACUUUGGCUCCAGCAUUAACAUUCUAGUGCUGUGUCAUUUCCCCAAUAGCAGGUUAUAAGCUGGCCAAGCUGUAUGUGAUCCUCUGUUGAAGCAAGAAGACGAACUCUGGAUGGUGGAGAAAGAAGUGUAAAGGAAAUUUGUCCAGAAGCAGCCUGAGAAGAUGAUGAGCAGAUAGAGAGGCAACAAGACUUGGGAGGCAAGUUGCAUCCAGCUCCAGUAAAGUACAGACUGAGGAAAAAAGCAGUGAAUAUAAGAAAAUUGGAAAAAUACUUCCUCUGAUCUCAGACCUUAUAUCUUUUAAGGCAACACCUUUUUCAACUUAACCUAGAAAGAGUUUGAAACACAAUUUAGACUAAGUUGUGUAGGAAAGAAUCAUCAAUUAGUUUGGAAAUCCUGCCACAGCUUACUCCUUGUGGUAAUAACCCCCUUUAGGUGUAAAUCAGUGUGGAAAUGCCUUCAUUUAAAAAAUUUUGAACCCCAUAUGAUAUCAGAGCAUUCAUACUGGAGAGAAAACCUAUGAAUUUACUGAAUGUGGUAAAACUUUCACUCAUAUGUUGCACCUCAUAAAUGUAGAAAUCAGGCUGGAGAGAAACCCUGUGCUUCUAAGGAAUAUUAAAAAGUCUUUAGCUAGAUAACACAUCUCAUUGAGUAGAAGAAAAUUCAUACUGGAGAGAAACCAGUGAAUGUAACAAACUUCAUUUGAGUAUUAGAAAAUUUAGAGUUGAAGAGAAAGCUUUGAAGGUACUAAGUAUGAUAAAGUUUUCUCUUGAACCUUAUUUCUUACUCUGCAUUUGAAAGGUCAUACACACAGAAGCCCUACAAAUGUAAGAAAUGUGGAAAUACCUUCAGCUAAAAGUAAAUUCUCAUUCAUCAAAAAAUUCAUACUGGAGAGAAAUCUUGUGAAUGUGGGAAAGCUUCCAUUCAGAUGUCACACCUCAGUCAGCAGAGAAUUUGUAGUGGGGAAAACCCCUUUGCCUGUAAGGUAUGUGGGAAAGUCUUCAGCCACAAAUCAACUCUCACUGAGCAUGAGCAUUUUCAUAAUAGAGAGAAACCUUUUGAAUGUAAUGAAUGUGGAAAAGCAUUCAGCCAAAAGCAGUAUGUUAUUAAACAUCAAAAUACCCAUACUGGAGAGAAGCUUUUUGAAUGUAAUGAAUGUGGAAAAGCAUUCAGCCAAAAGCAGUAUGUUAUUAAACAUCAAAAUACCCAUACUGGAGAGAAGCUUUUUGAAUGUAAUGAAUGUGGAAAAGCAUUCAGCCAAAAGCAGUAUGUUAUUAAACAUCAAAAUACCCAUACUGGAGAGAAGCUUUUUGAAUGUAAUGAAUGUGGAAAAGCAUUCAGCCAAAAGCAGUAUGUUAUUAAACAUCAAAAUACCCAUACUGGAGAGAAGCUUUUUGAAUGUAAUGAAUGUGGAAAAGCAUUCAGCCAAAAGCAGUAUGUUAUUAAACAUCAAAAUACCCAUACUGGAGAGAAGCUUUUUGAAUGUAAUGAAUGUGGAAAAGCAUUCAGCCAAAAGCAGUAUGUUAUUAAACAUCAAAAUACCCAUACUGGAGAGAAGCUUUUUGAAUGUAAUGAAUGUGGAAAAGCAUUCAGCCAAAAGCAGUAUGUUAUUAAACAUCAAAAUACCCAUACUGGAGAGAAGCUUUUUGAAUGUAAUGAAUGUGGAAAAGCAUUCAGCCAAAAGCAGUAUGUUAUUAAACAUCAAAAUACCCAUACUGGAGAGAAGCUUUUUGAAUGUAAUGAAUGUGGAAAAGCAUUCAGCCAAAAGCAGUAUGUUAUUAAACAUCAAAAUACCCAUACUGGAGAGAAGCUUUUUGAAUGUAAUGAAUGUGGAAAAUCCUUCAGCCAGAAGGAAAACCUUCUUACCCAUCAGAAAAUUCACACUGGAGAGAAACCUUUUGAGUGUAAGGAUUGUGGGAAAGCUUUCAUUCAGAAGUCGAACCUCAUCAGACACCAGAGAACUCACAAAGGAGAGAAGCCCUUUGUAUGUAAGGAGUGUGGGAAAACUUUCAGUGGCAAAUCAAACUUAACUGAGCAUGAGAAAAUUCAUAUUGGAGAGAAACCCUUUAAGUGUAGUGAAUGUGGAACAGCUUUUGGUCAGAAGAAGUACCUCAUAAAACAUCAAAAUAUUCACACUGGAGAGAAACCCUAUGAAUGUAAUGAAUGUGGAAAAGCCUUCUCUCAGCGAACGUCACUUAUUGUACAUGUGAGAAUUCAUUCAGGUGAUAAGCCUUAUGAAUGCAAUGUAUGUGGAAAAGCCUUCUCUCAAAGUUCAUCUCUUACCGUGCAUGUGAGAAGCCAUACAGGUGAGAAACCCUAUGGUUGUAAUGAGUGUGGGAAAGCUUUCUCUCAAUUCUCAACCCUUGCUCUACAUUUGAGAAUACACACAGGUAAGAAGCCUUAUCAGUGUAGUGAAUGUGGGAAAGCUUUCAGCCAGAAAUCACACCAUAUUAGACACCAGAAAAUUCAUACUCAUUAAAAACCUGUGGAUAUCAUGAAAGGUGUUCAUCAGGAAUUUACAUCUCAUGACAUAUCAGAAAUAAUCAUUCUGAAGGAAAGCAUCACAAAUGAGAGAAACAAAAGCUAAAAA